GAGCCGCUGCCCCGCCAGGUGACGCCCCUCUUUGCCCGCAGGCGCUUCGCUGGGCGGCCCCGGGCGGACCCCUUCUGCCGGGCGCGGUACGCCUUCUGCCCGACCGGCUCUGCCCUCCCGGAGAUGCGGGAGACGGACGUCCUGGACGUGUACCGCUUGCAGGCCCCCGUCUGGGAAUUCAGAUACGGAGGCCUUCUUGGCCGCUUGAAAAUUAUGCACGACGCUGUGGGGUUCAGGAGCUCUGCGACUGGGAAGAACUACACAAUGGAGUGGUACGAGCUUUUCCAGCUUGGGAACUGCACCUUCCCACACCUGCGGCCUGAUACCCCAGCCCCCUUCUGGUGCAACCAGGGGGCGGCCUGUUUCUAUGAAGGCAUUGAUGACGCCCACUGGAAGGAGAAUGGGACCCUGGUCCAGGUGGCUACAAUUUCAGGAGCUAUAUUCAAUCAAAUGGCGAAAUGGGUGAAAUACGACAAUGAAACUGGCAUUUACUAUGAGACCUGGGCAGUCAAGAGCAGCCCAGAAGACCACGGCCGUGUUUGGUUUGAGGCGUAUGAAUGCUCCAAAUUUGUACUGAGGACCUACCAGAAGCUGGCUGAGCUGGGGGCCGUUUUCAAGAGGAUCCAGACCAAUUACACAACCAUCACUCUCUUCAGCGGAGAACCCACUUGCCUGGGCAAUGAAACUACUCUCUUCGGACCAGUGGGAAACAAAUCCCUGGCAUUAGCUAUUAGAAAUUUCUACUUGCCCUUCAAACCGUAUCACUCAGUGAAGGAAUUCUUCCUUAACCUGUUGAAAAUACUUGAGGAGGUUGUUCUAGAUCAUCAGUUUUACUUGUUUUAUAAUCUGGAAUACUGGUUUUUGCCCAUGAAAUAUCCUUACGUGAAAAUCGCGUAUGAAGAAAUCCCAUUGCCUAACUCAAAUGCUACCAAGCUUGAUAUGUAGUUCUUGCCUUUUUGUUUUGGUGGGCUGAGUCCUCUCGUAAGAUGGGCACCGCCUGACCCAAGCUCUGUUUUUAUGCAGCGUAAGAACAGAGCAGCUUUAACCAGGUCUUUAACUAGCUGCUCGUUUCCAACAGACCUCUGUUAUGGUAUGGCCGGGUGGAAUCACGCUUCGGUGAAUGGCAGUGUAGCAGGAUUAUAAGCAAGAAAGAGGAUCAGCGGCUGUGGAUGAUUAGAAUUGUAGCCUAAUACAGGUGGGGAGCAUUAGAGAAGUUGCUAUAAUUGUGCAUCUCUUUUCCUUGAUGAACGUUCAUUUUUUGAAUGGCAAAUGUUGAAAGUUUAUAGAAAGUUGGAUGGAUAGCUGCAAAAUUCAAAGCAAAGGUGCCUUGAACCUGUUAGCAGUGGACAAUUUUGCAGACAAAAGCAAGCAAGUAAAGUCUUCCCUGUAGGGGAAGACUGAAAAAUUGAUCCUAUAAUGUUUGAAUUAAAAUACAUGCCUGAACAAAUAUACGUAGUAUUCAGGAAUACUACACACAAGAACAUAUGGUACAACGGGUUUUAACACAGGCCUUCUAUGCUUAUAAUUCAGUUGGUAAGCCUGUGUUUGUUUACCUAUAUGUGUAUAUGGACAGAUGUAAACUUCCGUGCAGCCAGUCAUCUAUAUUUGGCAUGGAUUAACAACUGCAUUGUGUCAUCCACAUCCUUUCUAACCUCUCACUGAGCUCCAAAGCUAGGAAGCUUGCCACAGCAAUCCUGACCCUUUGCACACGUGCAAAUCCUGCAGUCCUUCUUAGGUGAUCAUUUGUGAGGAAGAGCCUGGGAGCUGUAAUGGUUUAGUGAUUCCAUCACUGCUCAGGGUUUUCCUGUCUCUGUGUGGCAACCACAAAUACAUCCCAGCUCUCGUGCGUCAGGGGACCAUGAAGAAACCUGUGCUGAAAAGCCUUAACUACUUGCCAGAGGCCACCCGGCACAAGGGCUACACAGCCCAGCUUUCCCAAGUUUUGACUUUUUUCCUGGCAAUAGCCAACAGAUUUGUGGUGCUUCUUUUUCAAACUAGAGCAGGGAAUUGAAGUCUAUAUUUUUUGUGGAAAAUUGAUGGUAAAACAAAAGUACCUGCGUUCUUUGGAAAUAUUUUUCACCUAUACCUUUGUUUGUAUUAAGCAUCAUUCCGUAUUUCAUGCUGUGUGUAAAAGGCACCCCAAGGUUGUUUUCUGAUAGCUCUUCCAGAAGAAGACUGCUGAGCACAACAGCUUUAGUUCUUGAAGGCUCCUUUCCUUCUCAUCGAAUGGAAACUGAGCGCACCCUUGCUCUGUUGCUCAGGACCAGGAACUGUAUUUGCCACUGGAAAUACAGGUAGUCCUCAUUUAGCAACCACAAUUGGGACUGGCAACUUAGCAGUUGCUAAGGGAAACCAUGAUUCCUGUGAAGGUUGUAAAUGCGAGGAUUGGUUGUAAUGUUACUUUUUCAUCACUGUCAUCACUGCAAACAGUCGCUAAAUGAUGAUUAUCUGUAAAGACUAUUCUUGCAAUCAUUCAGCUGACAGACUAAAUCAUUCUUUGAUCAUGAAAAAUAAAUGGCUUCAAGAUA